AAAAAAACCCGUCCCGAGGUCCAGCUGCAGCGCUACCGCACAGCCGAAAGCUACCCAAGACAUCUUCCAACUUCCAACUUCCAACCUCCAUCUCCAACAACAUUACCAAUCCAGCCAGCCUUCCAUCAUCAGCGCUUUGAAACUGCGAUAUGCUAUUACCCUGACGAAUAUCUCCUCUCGUUAAACAAUACCAAAAACCCAAACAUCAGCAUUGAAUUCGCAGCACCUCAGAAUCCAGCAGCCAUGGCCACAACAACAACAACACCAGCAUCACCAUCACCAUCACCAUCAUUACCCCCAUCCGCAUCCUCCACAACGCCCUACCCCUUCGCCACAGCCCCCGACAUCGUCCGCUCCCACCAAAAAGACGCCUACUUCACCGGCCACCUCGCAAACUCCUUCACCGACCUCUACCGCCGCCUCUUCGGCGCCCGCUCCGCCCACUCCCUCGCCCCGGAGCUGCGCACCUCCGCCGCCCUCCUCUACUUCGCCCUCACCACCCUCCCCGGCAACCGCACCCUCGGCGAGGAAUACUGCGACCUCGUCCAGGUCGACGCCGCCUCGUCGCUCGCCCUGCCCGGCCUGCGCACCCGCGCCGCCUACAUCGCCGGCACCGUCCUCCUGCCUUACCUCGCCGGCCGCAUCCUCCCGGCCCUUCGCGCCCGUCUGCGCCGCCUCCUCGACCGCCGCCUGGCCACGCUGCGCCAGCAGGGCAAGGCAAAGUCCCGCCAGGCGCGUGUAUGCGAGUAUCUCUCUGCGCAUCUCUCGUCCAUAACGUCCGCCGCGCCGUUCCAGGCCGUCGUCCUCGCGCUCUUCUACUUCAACGGCACGUACUACGAGCUUACCAAGCGCCUCCUUUCCCUCCGAUAUGUCUUCACGCGCACCGUGCCUGAUACUCCCGACCGCGGCGGCUACGAGCUUCUGGGCAUCCUCCUCGCCAUCCAAAUGGGCGUGCAGGCCUUCCUCCACGUGCGCGACACCUUUUCCUCCACGGCGUCAGCCGCGCAGCGAGAGAGAGCCGGAUUCCACUCCGGCGAGGUCGAAGUCUCGCUGAGCCACAACAAUACCUAUUCCGCGAGCAACAACGACCUCCUCCUAAGCGGCGCGGGCAGCAAUGGGCCCCAGGCGAGCAAGUUGGAUAUCGCAAGAGUCACAAAUACCCCCACGAGCAGCGGCGUCCCGAGAUUCAAUCUCGAAAACGAAAAGCACAUGGGAUACAUCAAGGGAAGCCAGCAACGGAAAUGCACCCUAUGUCUCGAGGAGAUGAAGGACCCUUCGGCUACGCAAUGCGGCCAUGUUUUUUGCUGGGAGUGUAUCGGCGAUUGGGUCAGAGAAAAGCCCGAAUGCCCUCUAUGUAGAAGAGAGGCCAUGGUGCAGCAUAUCCUCCCAUUACGCGUGAUGUGAGCGAAUCGUAAUUUUUUUUUUUCAACUUCUUUUUUUUUUAACAAACAAAUCAGAUGAUGUUUGGAUGCUAGACUUGUAAUACUCUGUACAUAGUAGUAGUAGUAGUAGCAGUAAAAAUGGAUAGAAUAAGACAAAGGGAAAUAAAUCAUCAAAAGCUAUGACAAAAUAGAACCAUGCCUUGCUAGGCUUCUCAGCCAAAUCGUCCACCUCAUAUGCCAUCGUACAUGAAGAGAAAAAAAGUGAAAAGACAAAAAAAAGUUUGGUGAAAAGAAGAAGAUAUAGUUUUCCUUUCAGCGCCUCCUCUUUCAUGGUAUCAUUCAGUCCUCCGUCAUUACCGCUCCCAGAU